CUAAUCGCAUCACUAAAAUGAUAAAUUAUCGAUUUGCACUGAUUUUGACUUGACAUUUGAAUCAUUUGAAUUUUCAAUACAUUAUUCGGUGAGAAGCUGUGGGAUAUUUUUAACUUAACAAAAAUCUCAAGCAAGAUUUAUUGGAGACCACCGCUGAAGGAAAAAUGACGUCUAUUGCCGGGAAAUAUCAACAUUACAAGAAUGAGGACAUUGACGAUUAUUUCAGUGCUGUUGGUGUACCGUACAUGGGCCGCAAAAUGAUGUCAAUGUCAUCACCGUUGAUGGAAAUAUCAGUGGAGGGUGACAAAAUGACCAUCAAAAACUCUUCCCUAUUUCGCACAGUUGAGAACACAUUCAAGUUGGGCGAGGAGUACAUAGAGAACAUGCCUAAUGCCAAAAUUAAAAGCGUGACUACCAUGGUGACUGACAAUCAGAUAGAGACUAAGUCCAUUGUAGAAGACACGGGUGCCAACUGCGGCAGACAUUACGUCUUCACUGAUGAUGAGUGCGUUAUUACCCUGACCCACGAGAAGGCCGCCACCCCUGCAAAACGUUACUUCCGCAGAGUUAAAUAAAUCGAUAAUGAUUUAUGAAAUUCUCAAAAAUAAUGAUUUGGUUCUUGUAAUACUUAUGUGAUCAAUACAUUCUAUUCCAAUAAGAUACCAAUUAAAUUGGUAAAAUUUUAUAAGAGGAACAACUAUAUUAUUACUUUAUAUUUUUGUAUUCUUUAUUUUUAUUAAAUGAUUUUAUAAUUAA